AUGUUACUUCCGUGGAUCUUCUAUGUGGUGGUUGCAUACUCGAAAACGAACCCCAAGGCUCUCUCCGCAACCCACCCUAGUGCACGCCUUGCCAUGGAGCUCACAGAAACGGAAGACACGGAAGAUUUAUUUCAUCUGAAGAUCUCUUCAGUGAAUAAAAAUCAGUUCGGUGAGUGGCUCACACAUGAUGACGGCUAUCCUAGCACAAAUGCCAGUGAUUCUUGCAGCAAUACUAGUAGCCUGAGGAGCUACACUUCUAGUACUAUGCGACGUGUACGUGUCGCUACGUGCACUCACGUUGCCGCAAUAGAUUCUCUCAAAAGCGCAAAAUGGUGGUGUCUCCGUCCCAUACUUUACGAGGGAUGCUUGCAUGUUCUUCCCCUUGCUGUCACGUUGAAAUCGAUCCCCCUAAGCAAGGACAGUAUAAAGGGUUUAAUUUCCUCGGAUGCGUCCAAUGAAGCUCCACCAUUUUCUCUGUUCAAGUUGGAGCGCUGCAAAAUUGAAUGGUUGUCUAUAGCCGAUACAUCGACCUUACACCAAGUGGUGCUUGAUAAUUGCCCAGGGAUAAGUCGCGAUUUAAGCGAACUCCUCCCAUUCACCAGGCUCAUGGCGGUGAGUCUUCACGGACUAGACCAGCUGCACUCCUUAGAUGGACUCAGCUCUUGCACCAAACUUGAAAUCCUUUGUGUCCAUUCGUGUCUGCAGCUCCGUGAUCUAGCGGUGAUCAAGAAACUCCCAAAACUUUUGGAACUCGAUAUAAAGGAUCUUGCCAUCACAUCCCUUGUACCUGGGGAGGACAGCACUCCGAUUCCAUCAUCGGAUACGGAUGAGGUGCAUGGUCAGCUUGAGGUCGUGCGUCUGACGAACUGUCCGAAUUUAGUAGAUCUUAGCUUUCUUAAGCAUCAUCAUCGUAUCUCGAAUAUUUUCAUGGCACACCUUCCUAUCACCAAUAUCGACUGGCUCCGCUGUCACGACGAGCUUAAGCAAGUGGUGCUUCAAUCGCUACAGGGGUUACGGCUGAGUUCAGCGGAUCAGGUUCGGGAGUUGUGUCUGCCUUACUUAAGACAUCUCAUCAUCGAAGUGCCGCACCCGGAAAGCAACUUGGAUAUGCUUCGGCAGUGCCUCGACUUGGAGGAGCUGCAGUUGCGGUGGUGGAACCAUGAGGUAGAUUGGUUCUGCAUACAAUAUUUGGGGUUUCUCAAGGUACUUAGGCUAUCUCAUAACGACUCGCUCACAGAGUUGGGCUGGAUCCGGCAUUGCACCUAUCUUAAAGUCUUAAAUGUGUCCUUUAAUAGGACUAUACAGGACUUCUCACCGAUUUCUUCCCUCUGUUGCCUUGAAAAACUGAACUUGAGCGUGACAAAGGUUACAGACGAGCAUAUCGCUUCCAUCGCUGCAGCAUGUACAAAACUUAACCGGGUUAUUCUGGACAACUGCUCUCUACUGAGGGACCUGAGCCCGCUGGGUCAGCUUUUGGAUUUACGUGUUUUCAGUGCCACUAACACACGGAUCAAUUCCAUUAAGUGGAUCGUGAAUUGCGUUCAUUUGACAAAAGUCACGCUACGUCAAUGUGGCGAUUUGAACGAUACGAGUCCACUGGAUUGUCUUCCGAUGCUAAGGACUCGCGAUUUGUGA